AUGGCACUUGCAACGCUGGACAAUGAGUGUAGAAGAAAACUGAUAGAGGCAAAUUACCGAUACAACCAAGCUCUAGCGUCUGAGCAAAAAAUGAACAAAAGUAUUAUGGAAGCCGAGAGCAACGAAGACAAAAUGGCAGAAGUAUACAACGCGAUCACAGGAGACUUUUUGAAGGAAAAUCCCGAACUCGGGUUCAACAGUGCUUUAGGGCCCGGAAAAAUAUCGACGUCGCUCUACAAAGGAUUAACGCCGGCCAUGAAACAAGCGAUAUACGAUGAACAAGCUAGUCAAAGAGCAGAACUUAAGAUACGAAAAGAGGCAUAUACGAUAAACAAGAAAAAGAUUGGACCGAUCUUUUAA